CUGAAUUUGUUUUUCCGUUAAAAGAAAAAAAAGCUAGACGCAGUGCAACGAAUAGAACAGAAUGCACGCAGGUGUAUGGAGACGCGUUUCAAAGUGGAAGUUCUUUUUAACUUGACACGGCGUCUAAAAAGACGCGACGCUCCUGUGCGAGACUCUGAAAAGAAAAAACAACAAGACGACGCGCAACGGUCAAAGACGUCCAUGUAACGCAUGUUUACAUAGAAAAGCUAUUGAAAAAAGCGCUGACGGACGCAAGAACAUUUUCGCCGCUGUUCUUUUUAGCGACAAAUACAUCUCGUCGCCUACAGUUCUUCCGUAAAGUCUAUUGUGAUGCAGAGCUGCAGAGAGCAGGGCGAAAAUCCACCCUCUCAGUGCUCCACAGAAGAUGACAUGACAGAAGGGGACCUUGGUGAUGGCAUGGGGGCCAGAUCUUCAGGACAUCAUGACAAAAGCCAUCUCCCACAGAUCAAGAGCAGGGAAAAUUUUUUGGACUUUCAAUCCCAGUCAAGGCAUCUGAAAAGGGGCAGCGAGGGUAGCAAUGCACCCUUCUCAUGGACAUCAUUCAAAGCUAUGUACAAUGUUUUAAGGGAAGAAAUGGAAGGCGAACGGGCUGCACGAUGGCAGAAAAGGCUGUCAGAAAGCUCUUCUGAGGAGACGAGUGAAGAGCUGCAAAGAAGACUACAGGAGGUCACAGAGGAAGUGGAGCUCUUACGCACCGAACUAGAGAUCACUCAUCGCCAUCUGGAGGGGAAACAUGAGGCUCUUAGAAUCUUGCAAGCACAGGCAAUCUUGGACAAAGCAACCACUCAUACUAAAAUCAUGCUUCAAAAGAGUGAGGAGAGGACUAAGGCCCUAGAAAAGGAGGUUAAUGCUUUGCAGUGGGAGAUAACCUUCAACCAGGUGCAGUUUAAGAAUGUGGAAAACUCGUGGAGUUUGACGUAUGAGAGGGUGUUAGCAGAAAAUGAAGCCCUAAAGAAAGCACUAGAGGAGAGAAUGACACAGCAUCGCAAGACAAGGGCAGAGAAUGCAUCUUUGAGCCAGAAAUGUCUGGAGCUCCUGUCCAUGUUUAGUGCAAAGGAAAGGAGGGACUUUCAGAGGACCCAGCCUACCUGCAGCCUGGGAACAGAUGGUUCAGCUCUAGAGUUGGCUGUUUAUGGGGCUUGCCAGUGUAACUCUAAUGGAGGCGAGCCAUGCCCUUGUGCUAGAAGUGCUGCUGCAAGUCGUAAACAAGUUCUUCAGCUCAAGCAAGAGCUGGAACAGCAGCAGAAGAGGAAGGAGGAGGCUUAUGUGAUGAUGGAUGCUUUCCGCAUCGCUUUUGAGCAGCAGCUAAGGAGAGUCAGUGAGAACGUGCUUCGUCAGGCUGAGACCGAUAGACACCAGCCGCAUGACCAAAGACAUGAGCGAGGGAAGCAAGGUUCGCUCAGUGACAGACUGAAAAAAAUUCUGCCUGCUGCAAGGGAAGGCAAGAUACCCACCGACUCCAAAGAAACACUGAACAUGGUGCUCGAUCUGGUCAGUAUACUAUUUAUAGUCCUGUCUCUAUUUUCCUUCAGAUUAAAUUUUUUGUUCAGUUCACUGUUUUGGUUGUCCUCCAUCUUUCAGUUAAAUGACAAAGAGGAGGCCUUGGCACAUCAGAGGAAGGUGAGCUACAUGUUGGCCCGAAACACUGAAGACUUGGAAAAACGUCUACAGAUGCAGUUAGAUGAGCUGGGCCUUUCACACAAAGACACUAACACAAAUAUAGAGGCUUCUGAAAAGAGUGAUUGGAGCAGAGAAAGAGACUGCAGAUGCUCUACAGAUAGCUGUGGAUCACAACAUUUCACCGUUCCUGAGAACCUUGCAGCUGAUGCUGAGCAAAGCUCAAAACCAAACUGACUAUUAUCUGACAUAAAAGAAGCUAAGCCUGAUAAUAAAGAUGUUUAAAGGAUUGUAAACACUAUAACGUUCCAUGUUGUUUUAAUUAAAGUGAAAUGAGUGCACCUUCUUCAAAUUAAGUGGGUAGUAUGGUUUGUUUUAGAACUGUCAAACGUUUGGACACACCUGAAUAUACUCUUCUCUUCUCCAACAUAACUCUAAGUGACAUUUAAUGUUAGAUGGACAAAACACUAUGUAAUACGAUGAGAAAAUGUAUUAUUACCUACCUUUUCUUCGGCGUACAUCAUCUGGUCGACCGUUAAAGAUUAAAAUUCAAAACUGGCGCAUGCGCAGGCAGUACUCUGAUUCUCUGUGUGAGAAAGAUUUAUCUUCUUUGGGUUAAAGGGAUAGUUCACCCUUUAAAUCAAAAUUCUCUCAUCAUUUACUCACCCUCAUGCCAUCCCAGAUAUGUAUGACUUUCUUUCUUCUGCUGAACACAAACAAAAGAUUUUUAGAAAAAUAUCUCAGCUCUGCUGGUCCAUACAAUGCAAGUGAAUGGUGAUCAGAACUCAGAACAUCUGGGGUGGCAUAAAUGAUGAGAGAAUUUACAUUUUUGGGUGAUUCUUGAUGCUCUUUUAAAUUCUUAAAAUUAGUUUUUCAGACAAAUAUAUAUUGUGCCUAUUUAUUAAAGUCUUCACAAAACAAAAACAUUUAUUAAAAAUAUAUAGAUUUUUUAAUGGAUGAGUUGGACCAGAAGGAAGGAAAAGCAGCCAACAAAUACCCAGCAUACAUGUAUACAUGUUUUGGAUAAUUCAUGAAUCUGGUUGAGAAAAUGUGUACAGAACUCUAAUAUCUGGGCAAAUGGCAGCUACUCUGAAGAAUCUAAAAGCUAUUUCCUUUUUUUUUUUUUUUUUUUUUUUUGGUCGUUGCAUAAUUCACAUAAUUUUGCUUGUGUUAGUUUUUAUUUUAAUGUGAUA